CGAGCCGGCUGGGGGCGAGGAGAUGAGCGGCGGCCCCGCGGCAGCGCCCCAGGAUGGGGAGGGAUGCGCGGCAGUGCCAUCGGAAACUGGCGCUCCGGUGAAGUAGGAGCCGCCGGCCGUCCGCCUGCACCGAGCCGUUCAGCGCCGCGGCCGCACGGCCUCUGCCAUGGCCGGAUCGGGCGCGUGGAAGCGCCUCAAAUCUCUGCUGAGGAAGGAUGAUGCGCCUCUGUUUUUGAAUGACACCAGCGCCUUCGACUUCUCUGACGAGGUUGGGUACGAGGGGCUUUCUCGAUUUAAUAAACUUCGAGUUGUGGUGGCCGAUGAUGGCUCUGAAACCCCGGAAAGGCCUAUUAACGGGGCACACGCAGCCCUCCAGGGCGACGAUGAUUCCCUACUGGACCAGGACUUACCUUUGACCAAUAGCCAGCUGAGUUUGAAGGUGGACCCUUGUGACAACUGCAGCAAACGGAGAGAGUUGCUGAAGCAGAGAAAGGUGAAAACCAGGUUGACCAUUGCUGCCGUUCUGUACUUGCUUUUCAUGAUUGGAGAACUUGUAGGUGGAUACAUUGCAAAUAGCCUAGCAAUCAUGACAGAUGCGCUUCAUAUGUUGACUGAUCUAAGUGCUAUCAUACUGACCCUGCUUGCUUUGUGGCUGUCUUCCAAAUCACCAACGAAAAGAUUCACCUUUGGAUUUCAUCGCUUAGAGGUUUUGUCAGCUAUGAUUAGUGUGCUGUUGGUGUAUAUACUUAUGGGAUUCCUCCUAUAUGAAGCUGUCCAAAGAACUAUCCAUAUGAAGUAUGAAAUAAAUGGAGAUAUAAUGCUCAUUACCGCAGCUGUUGGAGUUGCAGUUAAUGUAAUAAUGGGGUUUCUGUUGAACCAGUCUGGUCACCAUCACGCCCAUUCCCACUCCCUGCCUUCAAAUUCUUCUACCACAGGUUCUGGGUGUGGACACAACCAUGGCCAGGAUAGCCUGGCAGUGAGAGCUGCAUUUGUACAUGCUUUGGGGGAUUUGGUACAGAGUGUUGGUGUGCUAAUAGCUGCAUACAUCAUACGAUUCAAGCCAGAGUACAAGAUUGCUGAUCCCAUCUGUACAUAUGUAUUUUCAUUACUUGUGGCUUUUACAACAUUUCGCAUCAUAUGGGACACAGUAGUUAUAAUACUAGAAGGUGUACCAAGGCAUUUGAAUGUAGACUAUAUCAAAGAAGCUUUGAUGAAAAUAGAAGAUGUACAUUCUGUGGAAGAUUUAAAUGUCUGGUCUCUCACUUCAGGAAAACCCACUGCCAUAGUGCACAUACAGCUAAUUCCUGGAAGUUCAUCUAAAUGGGAGGAAGUACAGUCCAAAGCAAAGCAUAUGUUAUUGAACACAUUUGGCAUGUAUAAAUGUACUAUUGAGCUUCAGAGUUACAGGCAAGAAGUGGACAGAACUUGUGCAAAUUGUCGGAGUUCCAGUUCCUAAUUUUAGAUGUUUGGGGGACUACUGCCUUAUUUAUCCUGCAGUCACAGACUUGAGAGCAAUAAAUGCACACCUAAAUAAGAAAGUAGACUCCCUGACAGCUGUGUCCAUGUCAUGCACCGGUCUUACAGUCAGCCCAGUAGUUCUAGUUUCUGUUUAAUGGUAAAAUGAGACUUCAUCAUGGUUUUCAAAUGAAGAUAUUUCCAAAACACGGUUUACAGAAUGAGACGUGAUUCUACAGUUACCUCAUAGAAGACAAUCCAAGACCAUACUUUAUUAAUUAUGACAGAGUACAUGUCUUAAAGGAAGCAUCAAGAGUUCUGUGUUUGCAUUUAAAAGUCCUUUUCAAAGACCGUUUUAUAUCAAGCCAGUGCUGGAAAACUGAAUUUUUUUUUUAACAUAAUCUUGACACCCAGCUUCUGGAAUUUGCCACCAAGCUCUUUUUUUACAAAAAUUAUUUCUCAACUGAUUUCAGAAAGUACUAGUAAUUAUCCAGAGUGGAAUAAGCAUGUAUUCCUAAGUGUUUCAGAAAUGUUUUAUUUUACAAAUAAGUCUUAAUGUUAUAGUUAUACUUUAUGAACAACUUUUUCCAGUUGCUACAGGGUUUUAAAUCUCAAAGUUAAUGUUAUUGGUUAUUUGUAAUCUUAUCAGAACCAAAUCUUUACAUUUUGUGGUCACUGUCAUGAAAUUAUUUAGGAAAUAUUAGGAAUAAUAUUUUCAGUGUUAUUCUAAAUGGCAGAGAAGUUGAACUCAAAUUACUAUAUGAUAAUUUAAACAAAAUAUAAGAGCAAGGACAGAGGAUGGAGUUUCAGAUCUAAGUCUUCCUGAAAUCACUUUUAUUCUUCAUGGAAUUUAUCUUUACUUAAGAAUAACAGAGACUGCAAAAUGUAAAUGAUGAUGCUCUGUCUUUUUAAAAACUGCCUUACGCUUUGUACCAAAAGUUUGCCUGGUACUUUGCUCCCUGCCGCCAUACCAGUUCGUGUGUGUGUGCCCUUUCAGGGCAGAACUCUGGAGGGCUGAGGUUUCGUUUGUGAUACCCACCUCUCACAGCGGGGAUUAACCACAUUCCUCCAGAGAGAAUUUCUGUUUGAUGACAUAGGUUAGGGAUUCUCCAUGGACUCCAGAAACCCUAAAAUAUAAUUUUGAAGUUUUUUAAUAAUACCAUAGUAGCAAUGCUCAAAGGGAUUGGGGGAAGAGAAAACAAAAACUUCAGGGGUUUUUGACUCUGUGUUUGUGUGUGUGUUAAAGCACUGAAAUAGGGUGGAUUAAAUGUGUUGUAGGGAGGCUAAGCAUGUUUCCAAACUGAAGGCAACCUAAUUGGUAACAGUUUAAUUAAAGAGGCAACCAUGAAUAUUCAUGUUUCAUUUUGCGGUUGGUUUUGAGAUUAUCUUUAUGUACAUGAGGAGUCCAUUCAAAGUAAACGUGUACCACACAAGUUGAGCCAAAAUCCUUGAUAGGUGUGUGGAUGACUUAGAACAUAAAUGAAGGAAACAUUUCAACUUUCUACCAAGUACCUCGCUAUAAGUAAACCUAAGAUAAAACCUGAAUUUACCUAAAAGAUUAUUAAGAGUUGAUGGUAUCCAACAAAAGAAUUGAUAUGGGUUAAUGGCACCUUAUAAAGCCCAGUGUUUAUUGAAUUGAGUUGAAAAAUGUAUGGGAUUCUUACUAUGAAUCCAUUUAAAAUAAUGAUUUUAAUUUUUCAAAAAUCAAAAGCAAAUAAACUGGUUAAAUCAAAAUAGUCAAAUAUAGAAGGCAAGUAAGAAUAACAGAGGCAUUUCAGUGCACAUCUGGGCAUUUAUGGAUUUGGGUACCUACCAAGAGAAAAGACUAUUCAUUGUAUUAUCAUAGAUUUUCCCAUAUUUGCAGUUGUUUCUCGUAUCUACUAAGCUUGUUUCUUGUAAACUUUCCUUUUUCUUAAAUAGGUAUAUCUGACUUUUCACAUUGACCUGUUCCUUGAAAAGUUUUGGGUAAAACAAUCUAAAAUCCACUUGAGGAUUGAAAAGGAUCCUUUUGUAAAAUGCAGAAACACUGAAAACUUUUGUAAAUCUUAAUUAUCAUGUUCUGUUUAAAAUGAGGUACACAUGAAGUUUCCUGUGCUUUGUUUUUUGUAGCAAGUACAGAUUUUGUACUUAUACUUUACUAAGUCUGUGAAAUAUGAGAAUUCAUAGAUUUAACUGUAACUUGACAAAAGCCACAGAGAAGGAUGUGAACCUCGCAGAUAGGAGCAGGGACUGCACAGUUUCUGACACAGAGCAUUUGGUGUGCCGUCACCUACAACCAGGAAUUAUGCUCCUCACCCAGCUCUCAGAGAAACAGCUCUCCAUUGUCCUUUGGGAAGCUGUGGCUGAGUGUGGAUAAACAUCUAGCAUUGUUCCUUUUUCCCCUGGGAAAACAGAUCCCAACAUAAAAACUGGGCAGUUUUUCAGUGCGGUGUGUUUUAAUUAACAUUUGCAAAUAAUCAGAGUUACUUGUGUUCAUAAACCUGUGUUUCACAACUCUGGCCAGAUGCAACCUUUUGAUUAAUUUUAGGAAAAGUGCUAUUGUUUCAUUAUCGACUGAGCUGCCUUGGAAAUAAAAUGUGGGGAAUGUAGUUAAAUAAGGCAUAUUUCAGAGAGCUUUGAAAUGCAGAACCACCAGUGACUAAUUCCCACGUACAUUUUCCAUUAGCUAUGCGUUGUAUAAUGUGAGUCCAGAUUCUCACAACUUGUAUUGUUUCCCAAUCAGUAUUAUUUGCCAAAUCACAGGAUUUCUUAUUUUGCUGUUUCUUUUGCAACUUUGGAUGCUUUAUUUCCAUUUUCUAAAACAAAGUUGCCUGCUCCGAGGAGUCCCAGUGUUCUGGUUCUGUCUCUUGAACCCAGAAAUUUUUCUGUUGACUGUACCUCACACAUAGUAAAUGUAAAAUUAUAGAAUGUGUUCCUAGGUAUUAGUUCAUGUGGUUCAGUUUGUUUUUGAACCAAACUUAGCUCAUGAGCCUAUUGGGUAUUAGUCACAAAUGGAUAGUGACACCUUGCAAUAGGCUGUGUUGAGGGGAGGCAAGUCUGAUCUCCAAAUAAUUGAUUAACCAAAAUACCAUUGGCAAACCCUAAAUAGAGUUCUGUCGUGUGAAUCCCACCAGACAGGGCUUCAGAUUUGUUUUACAGAUCACCGGUCAGGAAAAUUGUUUGUGACGUCGGUAGGAGCAUGUAAAUUGGACAGAAGAAAUUGUGGGAGUUUCUUCAGUAUUGAAUUGUGUGUGUGCAUUCAAGCCAGCCUGUCAUUGAAUUCUUGCUUACAAAGGAUCUAACUUGUUUUUCGAAUCAUAUUGUGGGGACCAACAAUUUCUGAUUUUUGGUAAGACUGGAAAACAUCUAUGGAGACUUUCCCAGUUAAAUCUCUGACAGUGUCAAUUUAAAUACUGCAAUUAAGUGUGUUCUGAAAUAGCUACAACACAAAAUUGAAAAGUGACAGUAAGUCCUCUUUACACUUGGAAGAUACUGUACAUCUGGAAACCUUAUGCUUCUCUAAAUAAAUGUUAUUAAGCCAUAUCACAGUUUAAGAAAUUGUAUAUGCUUUUCGAUAUACCCCUUCAGAAACCAGGUAUUUUGCAUAUGAUUGAUUUUAGAAAGAUUUUGAAGCUGGGGUUUGUCCAUGUAAUUUAAAAUCAAAGUAUAGUAUAUGUAUAUAUACUGUAUUUGCAAUUUUUAAAUUGUAAUUUCCUAUACACUUAUUACAGUAUUGUUUUUCCAUGUGGUUUAUUAAAAAAUGAAAAUGUA